AUAAAAAUGAGCGCAAGACGUGCUGCUUGGGAGCCCGCAACGGAGCAGACGCUGCUUGAGCUCUUCGAGAAGGCGCGCCAAGACCCGAAUCUGCGCACUGGCCGCGGUAUCAAGGGCAGCACAUGGACAAACAUCAUGACGGAGCUUAACAACCGCUGCAAGACAUCGCUCCUCAUUGACCAGCUCAAAUCCAAGUAUGCGCGCCUUAUGAUGGACUACGACCUCUUCAAGGAGGUUGGAGGCGAAGAAUCUCUCAGUGAAGAGAAGUGGGAUGCGCUUAUCGCUGCUCGACCUGAGCACGCGGCCAGAUUCCGUCAAUUCAAGGAGCUCGGCUGCGCUCACGUGGACAUUUGCCGCCGUAUUGCUGCAAGUAAAGAUGAGACGGAGGGAACACCAGGCCGGAAGCCUAAGGCGGAGCGCAAGCCGCGCACUAAGCGUGCAACGCGAUCGGAUAAUGGACAGCCAGACCAUAAGAAAGCUCGUGCUGGCGAUGGUUGGACCCUCCGAGAGGAGAAGCUGCUUCUCUUCCUGUGCUGGAAGGCCAAGAACGACCAAGAAGUGUUCGGAGAAGAAGGACUGACGCCACAAGGCUGGACAGACGUCACCGCGGAGCUCAACAAGUUCUCCACCGCCAAUUUAAACGAGAAGGAGGCCAAGGACAAGUACGAGGACCUGAUGCAGCGCUACAAUCAGUUCAAGAUCGCCACAGGGUUUUCCGGAGAUCUCGCCACGAACCCCAAAGACGAAAUGGACUGGGAGCGACUUCUCCGCGAGCGUCCGGGACAUUACACGGAACUGGAAAGACUCAAGGAGAUCGGCGGUUUCCCGUUUGUUGAAGUCUGCAGUCUGAUUAAAGGCGACACGCAGCCCAAUGGAAUGGGCCUCACUACCACUGCGGACUUUUUGGAGACUGGAGCACUACAGUUGCCGGCACCUACUCUGAUCAGCCAGAGUCAGUCGGCUCAUGCCAUCGCGAGUGCUCAAGCUUCACUGUCAGCUAGUGCUCUCUCGUACUUGCUGCCAGCUACUGCCAACCUAGUGACUUCUAUGGCUCUGUCCUCGGAGAAUGGACAGUCGGAGAUUGCAGGGGCGAUUCCUGGUAUCAAUGCACCAGGAAAUCCCGCCGUCUUCAGCCAAGAGCUGCACGACAACCUCAACAUGUUCCUGAAGACGGCGACGGCGUAUUUGGUGAUGCUCAUCAACGAUCACAACGGACAGAGAGAGCUCUAGUGCAGCUAGCGACGAGGGCUCUGCCGUGAGGAUAAUCUGUGAGUAAUUGAGUCGACAAAAAGCUGAAGGUAAAUCAAUCAAUGACAAACCUAUGAAACAGCCUA